GACUCGAAUCGCGCGGUCGCAUUUUCCGGAAGCGGUGGAAAAUUUGGAAAACCGGGAAUUUCGAACUUAAAACCAAAAUUGAAACCAAAACAGCCACGCCAAAAGUUUGUUCGUGUGGAUGUGAAUUGUUUGUGUCGGAUUCGGAAAAAUUCGCAUUUUUUGAGGGACGCGGGAUCCAACCUCCGGUCGUGUGUUUUUCCUCGCCCCCAUUUGAAGUCCUUAGAUUGAGGAUAAAUGGGCGAAAGGAAAGCUGAGCUGUGACAACAACAAAGAAAAAAGAGAGUAAGGAAAAACAACUUCAGUGUGUGCCAAGUGCAAGGAGUUGUAAUUUAUAGUUGCCGAAAUUAAAUUAUGUUAAGUGCCCCAAAUCACUAAGAAGCAGAAGGUGCAGUGAAAAGGAAGCGGCAAAAUAUAAACAGCAACCGUGGAAGAGAAAAAAUACAUAAGUACUGGAAGCAAAAAAGAGAAAUAAUUGAAAAGUGAACGCCGAGCUAAACAAGUUGCAAUGUGAAGAGCCCUGAAAGGACAAGUGCGAACCAAGGAACAGGACUUGUCAACGACUAGCAGCACCAGCAGCAGCAGCAGGAGCAGGAGCAGCUGCCACAGCAGCGAUUGACAGGACGAAAAACAAAGCCCAACCGGCUGAGAGGACUUCCUGCACGAGUGGCACGGCCAGCAAAAGUUUAACGUUGUUUUUCCGUUCCAUGGCCCCCGGAAAACUGCAGCAACGGGGCGCAAUGUGCUGGCCAACUACCGCAGUCGAAGAAUAGAAAGAAUAGAAAAUCACUCGAAAAAGCCUGGCCAAAAACAAAAAAAAAGAAGAAAAGCGUAAAAAUAGAGAGAGGAAAAACGAAGCAACCACUGUGCGGUGCAGCAUAUGUGUGCUUUUGCUGUGCUCUUUCUGUGAUGCCACAAGGACACAAGGACACUUCAAGUGACAGCAACAUACGCGAGUUUUUCGUUCGUGGAGAGUCCACCAUUUCCAUCUAAGACGCAGCAGUAUGCGCAAGCACAAAGCGCCGCCCAGCGGCAGUCCAAGGACAAUGCCCCAGGAUAUUUCCCAAUCGGAGCAGUCGGCGGGAAACGAGGAGUCCCCCGCAGCAGCAGCAGCGGGCAGGGCAGUGGAAACCCCCCAGCAAAGCCUGCUCCUGGGCCACAAUCCUGCGGAUGGCUCCGCUAGUGCCGUCGCUAGUCGCCUGGCCCCGCCCCCCUGUCAGCCUCCCAUCAGCAGCAGCAACAGCAGCAGUGUCGCCACUAAGGAGCGACCUCGUCCCACAGUCCGGUUCAUAUCCCUGCUGCACGUGGCCAGCUACGUGCUCUGCCUGUGCGCCUUCAGCUUCGCCCUCUAUGGCAAUGUGCGGCAGACGCGGCUGGAGCAAAGGAUGCAGCGCCUCCAGCAGUUGGAUGCCCGGAUCGUGGAGUUGGAGCUUAGAUUGGAGCAGCAGCAGCUGCUCCACUGGCCAGCCGACCAGACGCAGAUCCUGUCCAGCAAUCCCAGUGAUGGCGAGAGUGCCACUGGAAGCGGCAGCAACAACGGCACCAGUCAGCACUUGGCGUUGCAUGUGCGGCGGGAACUGCACCGCCUGCGACGGGACGUCUCCCAUUCACUAACAAGGCGCCAGCAACGUCGCCAGGCGGCAGAGGCGGCGGCAGCAGCGGCCAGCGGUGAAGGGGGAUCCGGCGUUGGACAGUGCCAGUGUCAAGCAGGUCCUCCAGGUCCACCAGGUCCGCAGGGAAAACGAGAACGCGGCAAGAAGGGAGACGGCGGUGAGAAGGGCGAUCCGGGCAUGAAUGGCAUCAGCGGCGAGAAGGGCUCGGCGGGCAAGCCCGGUGACAAGGCAAAGGGCGAUGUCGGCCACCCCGGCAUGGAUGUCUUCCAAACGGUGAAGGGUCUGAAGAGAUCGGUGACAACGCUGCAUGGCGGCACGCUGGGCUAUGCGGAGAUAGUUGCUGUUAAGGGAGAGCCUGGUGAACCGGGUCCGCCAGGACCUCCGGGUGAGGCGGGACAACCUGGGGUGCCUGGCGAGCGAGGACCUCCGGGUGAAACUGGAGCACAGGGCGUCCAGGGCGAGGCCGGACAGCCGGAUCGCAGGACCUCCGGCGUGGCCGGCGCACCUGGCACAAAGGGUGACAAGGGCGAUCGAGGCGAUCGCGGACUUACCACAACGAUCAAGGGUGACGAGUUCCCCACGGGCAUCAUCGAAGGUCCGCCGGGACCGCCGGGACCACCAGGUCCGCCCGGAGAACCAGGGAUUCGAGGAGAGGCGGGACCCAUUGGACCUGCAGGACCUCCUGGAGAGAAAGGACCGCGUGGCAAGCGCGGCAAGCGGAUAUUCGGACCCGGAGGCACCAAGAUAGACGAGGAGUACGACGAUCCGCCGGUCACACUGUUGCGAGGUCCUCCAGGACCGCCUGGCACCUCGGGCAAGGAUGGACGCGAUGGACGGGACGGCAGCAAGGGAGAGCCUGGAGAGCCGGGUGAACCCGGUUCUCUGGGACCACGUGGCUUGGAUGGCCUGCCCGGUGAGCCGGGCAUUGAGGGACCACCUGGAUUGCCCGGUUAUCAGGGUCCGCCGGGAGAGAAGGGCGACCGCGGCGAUAUUGGACCGCCUGGAUUGAUGGGUCCUCCGGGCCUGCCAGGUCCUCCCGGUUAUCCUGGCGUCAAGGGAGACAAGGGCGAUCGUGGUGAUUCGUACCGCAAGAUGCGUCGUCGCCAGGAUGACGGGAUGUCCGAUUCUCCGCACAUGGCCACCAUCGAAUAUUUAUACGGUCCGCCGGGACCUCCGGGACCCAUGGGUCCACCGGGACACAACGGCCUUCAGGGGGAACGUGGCAUGGACGGACGCAAGGGGGAUUCGGGUGAAAAGGGCCACAAGGGAGACCAGGGACCUAUGGGGCUGCCGGGUCCGAUGGGCAUGAGAGGCGAGUCAGGACCUUCGGGACCCUCGGGAAAGGCUGGCAUACCGGGUCCUCCGGGCUUGGAUGGCAUGAAGGGCGCCCAAGGCGAGACGGGACACAAGGGGGAGCGGGGAGAUCCGGGUCUGCCGGGCACGGAUGGCAUUCCCGGGCAGGAGGGUCCCCGCGGGGAGCAGGGCUCCAGAGGGGAUGCCGGUCCCCCUGGCAAGAGGGGACGCAAAGGAGAUCGCGGCGACAAGGGUGAGCAGGGCGUGCCCGGACUGGACGCCCCCUGCCCCCUAGGCGCCGACGGGCUGCCGCUGCCCGGCUGCGGAUGGCGGCCGCCAAAGGAGCCAAUCAUCUCGACGCCCGUGCACAAGGAUUAUUUGCCCGAUGUAACGCAGCCGGAAAGCAAUGCCAGCGAUUACGAGCAGGAGGAGGAGGAGGAGGACGAGCAGGCGGAGGAUAAUGAAAACGAAUAUGAUGAAUAUCAGGAUAAUUUGCAUAACAAUGAGUGAAAAGGAAGCAGUCAGCCAGCCAGCCAGCCCAGUCGAAUGGCAAAUGGCGUACAGAACCUAAGAACCAACCUCCUUCCUACCUCCCACUCACCCACACAGCACCACCCACAAGGACACCCACACAGGCACAGGCACUGGCUCACGCACACAGACGCUGCCGACUAGUUAAGCAUUUCCGAUUUCCGCUGCGAAUCCUGGUUCUGUUUCGCUCUGUUGACAUUUGCAAUUAGCGCUAACAAAUGCCAAGUGGCUGCUGCUUCUAACGGUUCUGCAAAGUAGAUGCUAUUAGCAUACUCUAUAUCUGUCCCUAACCCGCUUUCUCGCUCACGCACACAAUUAUCCCUUGGCUAACACACACACUGGCUCAGCUUGGUGACGGGUCCUGGCACUCCAUACCGCUCAUUUGAACUCUCUCAUCUAACGGCCCUUUCCGGCCAAACUUCUGUCUCGCCCCUCGCAGGAAAAAUUUCAGGCCUGGCUCAAGGACGAGCUCAAUGCUCUACAGCAUCCACGCUCAAAAAUCUAAUCGCCAACGCCCCUCAAAGGCGGCAGAGAAGGCGUGGCCCCGCAAUAUCGAACCGAAUCCAAGCGCUUUGGUUUUAAUUUUAGUAACUUGUUAUUGUUAAAUGUAGACAUCGGGCAGAGCUAUAGCUACUAUGUACAUCCAUCGCAUAGAAACAUCCUACCAUAUGAACACUGUAUAAUCUGAGUCUGCAUCUGUGCCAAAUUGCUCCAGGUUGCCUCUAGUUCCAACACCGCAACCUUUAAUUGUAGUUCUACUUUACCUAAUAUUAUAUAAAUUGUAUCUACUGCAGCUUCUUCUACAGCUGUUUCAAAUACCUUAAGCAACUAAGGAACCCAGCUAUUUUUUACAAGAAAACACUAUUUAAAAACAGAACUUAAAAAAUAAAUGUCGAAAAAAUAA